GGCAACACAAAAAUUGGAACAAUACUAAGUGCCCAAAAGCGUUGUGCAAAAUGGGAUUGGGUUACCACAGGAGAUAACACCAAGCUCAGCCAUCAGUCAUAUAACUCUGAACCUUUACCAUUCAUCCUGCAUGGUGCAGUUUCUGGAACACAGACAGUAUUACUUCACAAAAGCACUCCAGAAUCCUGCCAAUCUGAUUCUGGCUCCGUCCCUUACUCAACCUAUCCUUCACAAGAUCAACAAGCAGCCAUGAACAACGAGCAGGUUGCCAUGGAAGGGCACAACUGAUGCAAAUCAAUCUCAAUCAUUCCAGAAAGCCAAGAUGGAUCGGCUUGCGCUCAGCCAGGCGGUUUUGCGCAUGCAAUCUGAGCACAUUCGCGCUUCGAUUGCUAAGGAAAUUGAGGAAUUCGAGAAUGUCUUUGAACAUAUCCUGCAAACGACCAACACAUUUCUCACCGCAACGGAAACGGUUGGGACCACCCCCUCGUUUGUGUUGAUUGACAAAAGCUCCGUGGUCAAGACCGUCUGUCGAUUUCUCGCUUCAUCGAACACCAUCCUCGGAUUCCUUGAUUUUCUAGAGAAGAAGACAGGCCUCGCUUCCGGUGGUGAUAUCUCGCUUGAGAAGGAAGUCAAGGCAGCUCAGGCUUUGGUGGAACAACUUCUCAGCACUUUUCUCCUCCAUCAGAAGACCGAAAGCUACCCGGGAAAGGAGUUCGGGUUCAUUUACAAUGAGGAUGUGAAGCUUUUGGGCGACGCCAUCCUUCAUAAACACCUCCACGUUCUUUCGGAUGAUAUUCCCAACCCGGACAAGGACGAUCUUGACCGACUCUUGGGGUAUUGGCAUGUUGAGGACAACAUCUUCUCCCCACUGGUACACGUGCCCGGCACUCCUUGGCACAAAUUCAUUGGCAAUAUUCAGCAGGACCCCUCGAAGAAAACCAUGAAGUUGUUCACGGAGAAGGAGAGCACCCCUCCUUUUUUCAAGGCCUACAUCCCGGAGACUAUUGAGUGGCUGAAGCCCGAGAUCAGGGCUGAUUACGACAAGUGGCGCGAUGUCUUUGUGCAGACUCGCCGCUUGCCCCUUCCGUAUCUCUCGGAAUUCGCUAGAGAGGCCAAGGUCAAGAAGAUUCAGAAACGUCUCUCUAACCUUUUCGUCGGCUGGAAGGUGACUGAGGACCGUGAAAUUCUGAACUUCGAAGACACGAGGGAGAUUUCCGCCCCCGAGCAUGAUGAUUCUGGUUUAUUGAGACUGGAGCCGCUGAAUGCUGAGAUCAAUGCAGUGGAGUUGACGGGAAUUGCUUUGCCGGGACACGAGAUCGAGCGUAUCCCAGACUUCCUGCAAGGCGAAGCCAAGAGGUACUGUCUCGAGUAUGAGGGCAUGUGGGAUUGAAUGAUGAUUCUCUACGUUAGGUGCUGGGUUGAGCACAUGGCCACAGAUUGCCAAAGACUAUGCAUUGCGUUUGUUGUUGAUAGAAUACGAUAUGCUGACAUGAACC